AUUAAGACAAACUGAACCUGAGAAAGUGAGAGAGAGACAGAGAGCAAAGAUGGAAAGGAGAAAUUGUUGGAAGGAUGUGGUUCCAUUCACUGCAAUGGUUACAGUUGAAUGCACCAACGUUGGUGUUCAGGUUCUAUUCAAAGCAGCUACUGAGAAAGGAUUGAGUUACUAUGUCUUCAUUGCUUAUUCAUUUGCAGUCUCCACUCUUGUUCUCCUAUUGCCUCUACCCUUCUUCAUCCAAAGGUCAAGAGGGCUUCCACCAUUGAAGGUGAAUCUUAUCUUCAAAAUUUUCCUCCUUGGGGUGAUGGGACUUGUAGCUCAGCUCUGUGGAUAUAAAGGACUUCAAUAUAGUUCACCGACACUUUCGUCUUCACUCAGCAACCUUAUUCCGGCAUUUACCUUCAUCCUAGCCAUCUUUUUCAGGAUGGAGAAGGUAGCUUUAAGAAGCUCAAGCAGUCAGGCCAAAAUCUUGGGUUCAACGAUAUCGAUAUUGGGUGCACUCACAGUUGUUCUUUAUAAAGGCCCAACAAUCUUCUCAACUUCAUCAUCUGCCAAAACCACGCCAACAAUUGAUUCUCCAUUGGGCUCAACACCACAAAAUUGGGUUCUUGGCGGAUCUCUACUUGUUAUUGAAUUUUUUCUAGUUCCAGUGUGGUACAUUGUUCAGACCACUGUCAUGAAACAAUAUCCAGCAGAGAUCAUUGUGGUCUUCCUAUACAACCUGUGCGGGACACUCAUAUCUGCACCGGUAUGCUUACUAUUGGAACAAAACUUAAGUGCUUGGAGGAUAAAUCCAGAUGUGACAUUGAUCUCCAUUUUGUACUCGGGAUUUUUCAGCACAGGUCUAAGUUGUCUUGUCCACACUUGGGGCCUCCGUCUUAAAGGCCCUGUGUAUAUAUCACUUUUCAAGCCUCUAUCAAUAGUCAUUGCUACUUCAAUGAGUGUUAUAUUCCUCGGUGAUGCACUACAUUUUGGAACUGUUGUUGGAGCAGUAAUAUUGUCAAUUGGGUUUUAUGCUGUUAUAUGGGGGAAAGCAAAAGAAGAAGAGCUGAGUGUGGAUGACAUAGUUAGAGCUCAACCUCCUCCUGAUAAUAAGACUCCUUUGUUGCAAAACUCCAAUGGAGGAAUCAUUACGCAUAACAAUUGUUGAUAAAUAAUCAACUUAGGGUGUUAUGAUUCUCACUUUAUCUUCCAUCACAUUUUCACUCACCUUCUCUUCCUAAUAUCUCUCUACUAUUCUUAACACAUCACACAUCAUAUCUUUCCCUACUAUCACAUUUCCUCUUAUAUUUGUAUUGGUGGAGAUUGAAAUGGAGUGAACUUUCACAAGGGAAGAACAAUUAGCAUUUUUUAAUAAAUCUGGAAACAAAUGCCUAAGAUAUUGAAAA